UUGAAACGAGAAUACGUGUGGACACCUGUGCGUGCGGCAAGCACCAACCGUUGUGUACGUGAGAUUGUAUGCGUGGGUGUCGCAGGCGUUUCUUUAUGAAUAGAGGAAUGGUAUACCCGCCUCGAGUGGUUCGUGAAUCGGCAAGUGGAAAUUUCUCAGUGAAAAAUUGUGUUGGAAUUGAGUAAAACGAUUCAGUGUUAUCAAAUGCAGCCUGAGAGGGGUACCUACCGCUUGUCGGAAUUGAACGUGCAACUUGCUUGAUACACGCGUGCCAAACGUCGAGAACAAGAGAAGGGACAACAAAAACAUCUGUACGUUGAUAAGGGAGUGCAUUGACAAGGAAAAUAUACCGGAACCAUCGUAGGAAUGAUGGACAGUCGCGUCUUAAUAAUCACGAUGGAGGGGUCCUCGCCACCGGAGGCGUCGCGCUACGACUACGUCUAAUCAUCGAAAAUUCACGAGUAUCUCUCUCGCGUGGUAUCACGUUUGCUCGUUUCUCAAAAACGAGAGCUAAAUACACGGGAGAUCGUGCAUCAGCCAGUUAGUCUGGCCGUUCAUCCGUUUGCCUGGUCGUCUACCCCUUCUAAACCGUCCUGACACAACGUUUGACGGGGGUAUAAAAAGAAUAAACAUGGUGGCGGCGUGAGAGAGACGGAUAGGGAGAUCGUGAGAAGGGAGAAGGACGGAGGAAGAGGAAGGAGGAGAGGGAGAGAGGGAGAGAGAGAGAGAAAGAAAGAAAGAAGAGAGAAGUCAGCCAGCUAGCUAGCCAGCCAGCCAGCCAGCCAGCCAGCUAGCCAGUCAGUGUGCCAGAAGCGACGAACUUCGUUUCGUGCUUCUCUUUGUUUCGAUGAGAAAGUACUCUCUUUCCUCGACGUCUUUACCUGUACUUUGCAUUUAUUCAUAUUCGCCUUGACAGAGGGUACGAGAGUAACGAGUUUCGCACGAUUAAUGCCCCAAAGGAGAAGAGAGUUUGUAAACAGUUAUCAAGGUGCGGCCACGUUCACCGUGUUCGCGGUGUUUGCUUCGAUUUUCAUGCGUGCUCCACCGGGGUCCACGACCGAGCGUGUGAGAAAUUCAGCAUAUAGUCCGGCAACGAGCGGUGUGGCUCGCAUUUUGGCUUGCAGUGUCCCUCGUCGAGGUGAUAGCGCAAUAAUAAUAUGUCGAGCAGAUUUUCGAGCAAUGAUUCGAUAACGACGAACGUUCGCCAGAUUGUUAUCGCGAAGGAUCCUCGUCCGAAAAAUAAUACAAUGUAAACGAUAAUUUAACGACAAUUUAACGACAAAUCACGAGGAACUGUCACGACGCAUGUAAAUAGAACACGGUCAUCCGUGACUAGACGAAUAACUGCCCGUGAAGACUUGAGAAGCCGUACUUUUCUAAUUAAAAAUUCCACCGAUGAAAUUCUUCUGUCAAAAGAAAGAAGUCCGUCGUGCAACCUCAUCGAAGAGACGUUCACGCCGAUCGGACGAUUCCUGUAUCGAUUAUCAACGAUCGAGAACGAUCUUACUUAGUUUCCAAGUCCUUUUCACAAUAAGUCGUUUAAAUCGAAUCAUAUAUGGCUGUCCCGAUUAACGGUUAUUACGCUCCAGGAGAGGUGAAUCUCGUCGAUAGUGAACAUGAACUAUUGUGUACGGAGGACGACGAAGCUGUUAUUUCGACGAGCGUUAACGUUCAAUUCUGUUCGAUAGUUUGUCCGAUUUGAAAAGCGAAACGGAAAAGAAAAAAGAAAGAAAGAAAGAAAGAAGAAAGAAACGUUCGAAUGGAGGGAAGUCGUUCGUGUUGGCCGGCCUGGUGCCAAUAACCUCCAGUCAGAGAGGUGGUAGACAGUUUUUUUCGCACGAUGCGUUUGCCCUCGUGCUUAAUAGAUUAUAAAAUUAGACGUUCGAAACUUCGUGCAAAGGUAAAAGGAACAUCGCGUUGUUCCCAUGCGGUAAAGAAGGUGGAGACACUGGCUGGUGAUAACGAGCAAAGGGUCAAACGAAGGAGGAAAUUAAUACAAGUCGGAUGAAUAAUUUCGAGGGGGGGUAGACAGCUGUGCAUGGUAGUCAGAAGUGACGUCAGUCGCGUUGGGUUCAUAGUUCCUCUUAUUUUCAUCGUUCGAAGCCAUCGUGUACAGAGGCCGCGUGCAAAGGGGUAACAACGAAAGCGGCGAAUAAGCGAAAGAAAGAAAGAAAGGAUAUACACGUAUUGACGGUAUACACGUUGAACUUUUUUUAACCGAUCACCGAUCGUCGCCUCGCUCUUGUCACAGCAAAAAGAAUCAUCACAAUUUCUAGUCCGCUGCAUUUACAUCGAGAAACCCGUCUUUUUUUUUUUUGUUUUUGUUCUCUCUCUCUCUCUCCUUUCUCGACGAAAUAUUUUUAGACGAUCGAUUGUAUUUCAAGCCACACGUGCGACCGCUUCAUCGGCGACAGGGGGAUCGACGACUUAUUCGACGUGCUCUUCUAACGAGUUAACGAUGCGCAUUUAUCGAGCACGGAUCGCAGCCUGUUCGUAAUGCUUUGGAAUCUUCGAAGACUCACUAAUUUCAAGGUUCACUAAAUAGUCGUUGCGGGAGACAAAGAGGAGAGAAGCAUUUUGCACACAUUUCGUUUCAGCAAGACACACCGAGAACGAGACUGAUAUAUUCGAAUCGCAUUAAAUCCUUUAGUCGAUUAAUUUAUUCGAGGUGAAGUAACCUGUAGGAGGAGUUAAUUAACAAGAUCGGCAGAUUGACCAAAUUUACUCCUAUGUUUUAUAUAUAUAUAAAAUAAUAUAUGUAUAUAUAAGACAUAAAAUAAACUGACGUAGAUUUGCAAACUUUGAAAAAAAGAACGGAGAGAAAGAUUGAAGCAACGCGGGGCAAUAACGAUCGCGUUCAAUUAGCGUACGUAUUAAUCUCAACGAACCAAUAUGUUUUUUAUCCAAACGACAAUACAUUGUGACACGUUAGAACAGAUAAUAAUAGUUGAAAUUGCAAGAGAAGAAAGACGUUAGACGAAAGAUAAGGGGUGGUCCGACGAUCAAUGCGCUUCGCCCUAUCGAUUUGUACCGGCAAGAAUAAUCGUCCAAUGGUUACUUACCUCACUUUCUUCGAUAAACGACUUGUUGGUCUGCCUGGAGGGAAGGAACAUACACUUCAUCGUCAAAUGGACACAAAUGACUAGCUUAACAUUAAUCUCGAGCACGUUCGAAAUGCCCCGGUCUAGACCAAAACUGUUCGUACCCGCGAACGCGAUCUCGACGCAGACUUACAGCACACCGACGAGCGAGAGCAAUCAUUUACCACCGUUGAAGGGUAGCACGUUAGCUUUGAAGCAGUCUGCCAGCGAGUCGUCGCCUAGUUACUUGAGCCGCAGCAGUCACAUGUCCGGUACUCACCUGCCGAGUUUAAGUUCCAGCGCAAACAACAGCCUGCUCAGCCUGACCGGGAACUCCGACAGCUUGAACCUGAGCCUGAGCUCGCACACGAGCCACAACUCGAGCCAUAACUCGAGCCACAAUUCCAGCCACAAUUCCAGCCACAAUUCGAGUCACAAUUCCAGUCACAACUUCACUCAUAAUUCCAGUCAUAACUUCACCACCGCAACCACCACCACCACCACCACCACCGCUCACGAGUCUCAGCAGUCGAACAGCCAGUCGAGCACCGCGUUGGUGUUGAAGAACGGAACGUGCUCGAACGGAAGUUCCUGCGGCAGCGGUAUCUGUAAACCGAAGACGAUCAUCGCCACGCCUGACGUCGUUCUAAAGAUCUACGUGGACAAGUUGACACCUUACGAGCACCACGAGAUCUUCAAUUACCGGCAUGUGUAUUUCAUCGGGGCGAAUGCCAAGAAGAGGCCAGGAAUAAUCGGCCGGCCUCACAACAGCGGUUACGACAACGAGCAUGGUUCCUACAUCCACGUGAAUCACGAUCACGUGGCCUACAGGUACGAAGUGUUGAAGGUGAUUGGCAAGGGGUCGUUCGGCCAGGUUGUGAAGGCGUACGAUCACAAGAAACAGGAGCACGUUGCUCUGAAGAUGGUCAGGAAUGAGAAGAGGUUCCAUCGACAGGCACAGGAGGAGGUGAAGAUACUGAGGAAGCUGCGCGAGCAAGACAAGGACGACACGAUGAAUAUUAUUCACAUGUUCGAGUCGUUCACGUUCCGUAACCACAUGUGCAUCACCUUCGAAUUACUCAGUAUUAACCUGUAUGAGCUAAUCAAGAAGAACAAGUUCCUGGGCUUCAGCAUGCAGCUCGUGAAAAAGUUCGCUCACUCGCUGUUACAAUGCCUCGACGCUCUCUAUAAGAAUAGGAUCAUUCACUGCGAUAUGAAGCCGGAGAAUGUUCUUUUGAAGCAGCAGGGACGCAGUGGUAUCAAGGUGAUAGACUUUGGUUCGAGCUGCUACGAGAACCAACGCGUCUACACGUACAUUCAGAGCCGCUUUUAUCGCGCCCCGGAGGUGAUCCUCGGCGCUAAGUACGGCAUGCCGAUCGACAUGUGGAGCCUCGGCUGCAUCCUGGUGGAGCUGGUCACCGGUUUCCCGUUGCUGCCGGGCGAAGACGAGGCGGACCAGCUGGCCUGUAUCAUCGAGCUGCUGGGCAUGCCGCCGCCGCAUUUGCUGGAAUCCGCGAAACGGCGCAAGCAGUUCAUCAGCUCGAAGGGUUAUCCGCGGUACUGCUCCGUCACGACGACGUCCGACGGGUCGAUCGUGUUGAACGGCGGUUUCUCCAGGAAAGGGAAAGACCGUGGGCCGCCGGGCUCCAGGAAUCUCCGACAGGUGUUGAAAACCUGCGACGACCCGUAUUUCCUGGAUUUCAUUCAUCGCUGCCUGAAAUGGGACCCGGAGCAACGGAUGACACCUGGCAAAGCGUUGAGACACGUAUGGCUGCGCCGUAGGUUACCAGAGCUUCCAGAGAAAACGAACGACGCUUUACCAGCGUUGCCGGCAGCCGCCGCGGCGCCGCCUACAUCAGCGUCCGGCCUCCGUACUUCCGCGUCCGGUCGGAAGAGCUCGACCAAGUCGAACACAACCGUGCAGGCCAACAACGACACGGAGAACAAGGUGAAACAGCUGAACGACAUCUUCCAGACAAUGUCUACCAUUUAUACGGCGUUGCAGCGUAACGACGGAAGACCAAGAGGAAGAGGUCAUCCAACGAAUCAUCUGACGGGGAGCAUUAGCAGUCACACGUCCCUCAACUCUGUUGUUAGUGGCGAUGCUAGUAGUGGCGGUGGUGGUGGUGGUGGUGAUGGUAGUAGUUGUAGCACUGCUGGUGGUCAACAGCAACAACAGCCAUCGCAACAACAACCGCAACCACAGCAACAGCAGAAGCAGCAGCAGCAGCAGCAACAACAACAGCAGCAGCAACAGCAGCAUAGUCAUCAAUUGCAAGGGAAACAACAGCACAAUAAUGGCUCGCAUGGGUCGCAUGGAUCGCACGGAUCUCAUGGUACUCAUGGAUCGCACGGAUCCAACGGAUGGAGCAUAUCGUUCCUCGAGUGGCUCGAGGCGGUGGACAAUGAUUAGCAAGGAUAUCCUCGAGGAACCGGGACGUUUCAUAUGAAAUACGAGGUCUCGCUUGCUAUCUUUUUCUAACGCUGUUUGUCGACGCUGUAACUAGCCUGGCCUCGUGUCUCGUUGACUCGUUGGAUUAAUUCAGCUGUCUCGAUGGUCGUUGAAACGAUACCGAGACUACUAACGGUAGGUUCCUGCCUGUGGUAAUAUAGUCGCUCUGCGAGAGAAUAUUCCUCGGAGUCAAAAGAGAGAGAGAGAAAGGGAGAGAGAGAGAGAGUGGCCUCGUCUUCGACCUCCGGAUACUACUGUGAUCUACGCGAUAUGUUACUACGAAAAAAAAAAGAGAAAAAAAAAUGAAAAAGAAA